AGCCAGUCGGGCUCAGGCACCCGCAGCUGGAGCCGGCGCGGUAAGCUUUGCACCCCGACCGCAGGGCGCUGCCAUCAUGCGGCCUCUCUCGGGGGGUUCGUGCCGUUCCAGGCGCGACGAGGUGUGGGAGCAGAAGAAGCAGCGAUUUCUUGCCAAGCAGCGCGCGGGCGGCGGCGGCGGCCCCGUCGGCGGCGGCGUGCCCAGGGCGAGCCCGCCGCUACACUUGGGAGAUCAUGCUGGCCAGGCGCGGCAGCCGGCGCCCAAGUCGCCGCUGUCCCGCAUGGUCGAGGAGGGCUAUUCGGCGGCCCAGCAGCCCGCCUCCGUGCAGAAGCCCUACGGCAGCUCCCAGCAGAGUUCUGGAUCGCGGGGUGCUCGCGGCACCGAGCCAGGCGGCUUCAGCGCUGCAGUGGCGAGCCAGUGGAGCUCCAGCGUGCAGCACGACCAACAGCAACGGCAGAACCGCCACGACCCGAGUGUCGUGGGCCCGCCCAAGCAGUCGGGGGGCAUAAGCUGCUCACAGGCCCCCGGUGGGGGGGCGUCGAUCGACUUGUCUUGGGGCCCCACAGGCGGCGGCGGUAACGUCAUGCCCCCCCGCAUGCCGGGGGCGCCUGGUGUCGGAGCCCAGCAGCCAACGCCCCAGCACCAGAGGCAGCAGCCUGCUCACCAGUACCCCCCGAGGACUGGUGGCAGCGGUGGGUCCUACAGGGGCCCCUCACCAAGCCACCGUGCUCUCGGCGGUGCGCCCUGGGGUCGCGACGGCGAUGCGCCGGCAGCUCGGCAGCCGUCCCCGGCGCGCCGGGAGGCGCCCUUCGGGACGGACGCGGGCGCACCCGCCAUGCCUGGCAGGGGCGCGUCCUACGCGCGUGCGCCCUCGCCCGCGCAGCAGGCGUAUGCGCGCGCGCCGUCGCCGGUGGGUGCGUCGGCGGGCUUCUUCGGGGGCGUGGGCCAGCGGGACCCUGCCCCGAGUGCCGGCGCGCCCCGGGGUCGCGGCUUGGGCCGCACGCCGGGUGGCACUUCGCAGGUGGUCUUCGGCUGAGCGGCCGCAGCGAGGGCGAGGCCGUGCCGCGCAGCGCUCCAGCGCCGCAGGCUCCGUGCAGCAUGGCCCGCCCGAGGUUCGCCUCUGCUGAGGGUCGCCGCUGUAACUGGCGCUGCCGAGAGCGCCAAGUUUACGAGUCGCCCUCGGGAUAGAAUAGUAUGGAGUGCAAGUUCGCAGGGAUGGCGAUUGGUGGCGCUUGCCAUGGUGACAGUGGCGCCAGCAGUAGCGUUGUAGGCGCCACAGAAGUUGGUGGGUUCGCACGCCAGAGGCCACCGCGAGGAUCUGCAUGGACUUGUGUUAGGAGGAGUCUGCCUCCAUUGACUGUGGUCCGCGCUGGAGGACUGGAAAAGAUGCACG